AUGUGGAAUACCCAGACUAAAGAGCAACCGCAAAUGUGGUCGACUCACGAUCUCGCAUGCGCUCACUGUCGAGCUCGCAAGAUACGCUGCGGAAGGGAGCGUCCCCAAUGCGAGAGCUGUAAGCGAGAUGGCGUCGAGUGCCGUUACUCGUCCCCUGGGAAGCGUAUCAACCACGUCAAGCUCCUGUGCCAGAACUUCGAGGCGCUCGAGGAUCAACUGAGCAGCAUCCAAAGCGACCUCUCAACCUUGACGUCGCUUGUCAGGAGCGGCAACGGAGCCAAGUCACUGCCCACGCCGGGGGAAGACUGGCUCCCCGAAGACACGGCGGCAAGAUCGGAUGAGACAGCGGCUGCUCCCCGCAAGGACCGUAACAUAGUACGGGACGUGUCACAGUCUGUGGACCGAUACCACGGACCGUCUUCCCUCUACACGCUCUGCAAGGAGUUCCACGACGACCCUGUCUUUGGGACCUCGGACCAUGAUUCGGGUGAUGGUGUUGCUGUGCGCGUCAUGCUGCAGCAGAUGCUUGCCGAGGCUAGCAAGGAGCAGCAGCUUGAUAUAGCCUCUGACCAUACGGGCAUCUGCCUCCCUCCUAGACAAUUUCUCAACAUCGUCGUUGGGCAAUUCCUCAAGAGCGCCGACUACGCAACCGACAUCUUUACAAGGUCCAACUUUCAAGCUAAUCUCGAUCGUAUCUACUCGCAGCCUCCAAGGCCAUCGGAUGAGGGCUGGGCCGUAUGCUUCAACGUCAUUGUUCUACUGGCUAUUGGAAAGGAUCAGACAAGUCACGGCAACAGCCCUUUUAUCCAGCCCUUUCUGCAAACGCUGGGUAUGGCUGUGAAUAAUCCGCGUGUGUUCUUGACGCCAAGACUCGUCAAUGUCCAGGCCCUGGCUUUGCUGAGCUACGUGACGGAGCAAUACAGCACCACAGUCCUUGCAGAACUCAUCUUUGCCCAGGCUUGCCAUCUGGCUCGAACAAUAGGCCUUCACCAGGCCCGUGCCUCCCUCCAUGACUGCCCCCCUGAAGUUAUUAUUGAAAGACAGAAGGUCUUCAGGUCUCUCUACAUUCGAGACAAGAACGCCGUUGUAUGCCGAGGAGCGACCUCCUGUCUGCCAGGCUACGACUCCAGCGUUGCUCGACCAUCGGAGGGUGACGAAGCCAGAUAUUCGUCUAGGAUUGACCUCUCAAAGAUUCAAGACGAUGUUUACCGGAACCUCCAUGCUUCUGAAUCACCCGAUUUGCCUCCGUCAAAGCAGACUCAACUUCUAUUGCAACUAGAGCAGAAACUGGAGCAAUGGGACUCGACACAUCGAAUCACCAAGAUACCGCCAACAUCCGUCGACUCAGCCACAUUGAUGCUGUCUUUCUUUACAACCCGACUUUGUGUUCUAAGAGCCAGUGAGGACACCAAAUACUCCCAUCAGGCGCUGAGAGAUGCAAAGGCCAGCUGCCUCCUCUUCCUCCUGGCAACAACGGCACAGCCAGAUCCUCGCAUGGUGGAAGCUCUAGAUCGACUCCUCGGACAUACUCGGUCAUGCAGUCCGAUAAUUCUGGCAAACUCGGACAGCACAAGAGAAAUCCUCUCUCAGAAGAGAGCUUCCACACCGGACGAGGGCGAGAUCUUGGCUUCCGCCCUACCAAGGCUGGCCGCAAACUUCCCCCUGGCAGCUGUGUUCAUAAUCGCCCGAAACAUUAUACAGCCAAUAGCAUCCUCCAAUGACGCCUUCGGCCAGCCAGAAGAGGAAAUCCUGCUCUUGGAGGCUCUGCGUGACAGAUACGCUUCGGCAGCCGACCAAGAACACGUCGAGAAUCUUCCGUUGAAACUGAGUCGAACACUCGAAUCUCUUCUUCGCAUCGUACGACAAAAGGUGUUUCCCAAGGUCACAAGCACGCCAUCUAUGGCCUUUAAUGAACUAUCCAGCCUCCAAUCGAUAGCAUCCUCGUCCUCUCAACGAGGGAGUAUCGGUGGCUCACUCAAAGGCACUCCUCCAGAUACCGAGGCGCAAUCUACGGCUGCAUCUGUGAGUGAAGCAGUUUCCACCACGUCGAUGCUUCUCCCGUUCAUGCAGCCACUCGAAUCCCCUAACGGAUGUUCGCCAUGGCUUGGGAAUGCAAGCCACGGAACAAUGACUCUCUCACCGUGGCCAGCGUCAUACAAGCAGCACCCCGAGGCGGCAGUUCAUGUGGGGAAAAGACAAAGGCUUUCUAAUCAGACAGAGUUAUUUGAUAUCACAACAAGGUUUACGGAUCAUCACGUUACUCGCGCUGAGGAGGACCCUCUCUUCGCCUUUGACUUUCUUGCAGCAGCAAACGACAUUCCUGUUUUCGAGGUUGACGAAUAA